GAGACAGGGGCGGGGCCGCGGAGCCCGCACGGCCGGCGCAGAGAAUUUGUUCCCAUCGACAAGUGACUCCUGGAUCUCCAGACCCUUUGCGGUUUUCUGAGUCUAGUAGGUGAAAUUCUCUCCCUCUAAGGAGAAACACUGCUGCUCCUUCCUCAAGAGCAAGCUCCCCAUUGCUAUGGAUACCGAAUCCACGUAUUCUGGAUAUUCUUACUAUUCAAGUCAUUCGAAAAAAUCUCACAGACAAGGGGAGAGAAAUAGAGAAAGACACAAAUCGCCCCGGAAUAAAGAUGGCAGAGGGUCAGAAAAAUCUGUCACCAUUCAAGCUCCCACUGGAGAGCCCCUGUUGGCAAAUGAUUCUACUCGGACGGAGGAGGUUCAGGAUGACAACUGGGGAGAGACCACGACGGCCAUCACGGGCACGUCCGAGCACAGCAUAUCGCAGGAGGACAUUGCCAGGAUCAGCAAGGACAUGGAGGACAGCGUGGGGCUGGAUUGCAAGCGCUACCUGGGCCUCACCGUGGCCUCGGUCCUCGGACUUCUAGUGUUCCUCACCCCCAUCGCCUUCAUCCUGUUACCCCCCAUCCUCUGGAGGGACGAGCUGGAGCCCUGUGGCACCAUUUGCGAGGGACUCUUCAUUUCCGUGGCAUUCAAGCUCCUCAUUCUGCUCAUCGGGACCUGGGCGCUCUUCUUCCGCAAGCAGAGGGCCGACGUGCCGCGAGUAUUUGUGUUCCGCGCCCUUUUGCUGGUCCUCAUCUUCCUUUUCGUGGUUUCCUAUUGGCUGUUCUACGGGGUCCGCAUCUUGGACUCGCGGGACCGGAACUACCAGGGCAUCGUGCAGUACGCCGUGUCCCUCGUGGACGCGCUCCUCUUCAUCCACUACCUGGCCAUUGUCCUGCUGGAGCUCAGGCAGCUACAGCCCAUGUUCACGCUGCAGGUGGUCCGCUCCACCGACGGCGAGUCCCGGUUCUACAGCCUGGGACACCUGAGUAUCCAGCGAGCAGCAUUGGUGGUUCUGGAAAAUUACUAUAAAGAUUUCACCAUCUAUAACCCCAAUCUCCUAACAGCCUCCAAAUUCCGAGCAGCCAAGCACAUGGCCGGGCUGAAAGUCUACAAUGUAGACGGCCCCAGUAACAAUGCCACUGGUCAGUCCCGGGCCAUGAUCGCUGCAGCUGCUCGGCGCAGAGACUCAAGCCACAACGAGUUGUAUUAUGAAGAGGCAGAGCACGAGCGGCGCGUGAAGAAACGGAGAGCAAGGCUGGUGGUUGCGGUAGAGGAGGCCUUCAUCCACAUCCAGCGUCUGCAGGCCGAAGAGCAGCAGAAGGCCCCAGGCGAGGUGAUGGACCCACGGGAGGCGGCCCAGGCCAUCUUCCCGUCCAUGGCCCGGGCUCUGCAGAAGUACCUGCGGGCCACUCGGCAGCAGCACUACCACAGCAUGGAAAGCAUCCUGCGGCACCUGGCCUUCUGCAUCACCAACAGCAUGACCCCCAAGGCCUUUCUAGAACGUUACCUCAGCGCGGGCCCCACCCUGCAGUAUGACAAGGAGCGCUGGCUCUCAACGCAGUGGAAACUGGUUAGUGAUGAGGCUGUGACCAACGGAUUGCGGGAUGGAAUCGUUUUCGUCCUGAAAUGCUUGGACUUCAGCCUUGUGGUCAAUGUGAAAAAGAUUCCAUUCAUCGUCCUCUCCGAAGAGUUCAUAGACCCCAAAUCUCACAAAUUUGUCCUUCGCCUACAGUCUGAGACAUCAGUUUGAAAGUUUUAUAUUUGUGGCUUUAUUACAAAAAAAGAAAAGAAUAGAGAGAUAUAUAUAGAUAUAUAUAUAUGUAUACCAGAGCGGCAUCUUUUUUAUUGUUAUUCCUUAUCGCUGACUGAAGCUGGCAGAGGAAAGACCAGUACCCUUCGACCGUCUGCACUUUACUUGGAAGGAAGCAGGGGGUGUCCGCCCUGGAGAAAAGCGACGGACGACAUCUGACUUGUGCGGAUGGGACGUCUCUCGAAGCUGUUCGCUGGCAUUGCUGUGACAGCUGUAAACCAAAGCGGAGCCGGUGGUUCCUGGGAGCCUCGCCUGACGGCAGCGAGCCCCCGCCUUCCGUCCAGGGCCACGCUGUCCUCUUGCUUCCGGCCCACCCCCCUCAUCGACCUCCAGGGGGACGCGUCUUCAUUCUGUGUCGGGAAACCAGACACGACGUGUCCACUAGAUGCUUGUGUCUGCGAAUGUCUGGUACCACGUCACCCACGGGAGCUGCGGCCCGUUCCGGACAGGCCUGCCUUCAUCUUUGUUCUUUGUUGCCUUAGGUUCUGCUGAGAAAGGUCACCACGAAAAAUGGGCACUAUCAGCUGACAGCUCCGAAUGAUUUUAUUUUGUUUUCUCCCCAAAGAGAAAAGCCACCCGUCCUGUUUCUGACCCUGUUUCCCUAGGUUUGAGCAGGGGGCCCCUUCUUGACCCCGUGACGGUGUGCGCAUCUCCCUCCCUCCGCCCUUGCCCGCACACACCCCACCCCCGGCUGGCUGGUGUCCCUGGCUAGUGAGCCCAGCCUGCAGAGCUGCCCAGGACCCGCUCUUGUGUGCUCGUGGGUUCUGCGCGCUGCCUCCCGUGGGUGUCAUGGAGUGUUCGCGUAGGGAAGCGUGGGAUGCCAACCAGGUUGAACACAGGGACAGCAAGCCUGCCAGACUGUCCCUUUUAGGCUGCAGCAGGAGCCGCCCCCCUCCCAGUUCUCCUCCCCACUGCUCGCAGGGACCAGCGGGGAGGACUUACACCUCGACUCAGGGACUGGCAGGUGCAGCUUGGAGCCUCCCGUUUCCCGGGGAGAGAAGUCCUCACAAAGCUUCGUGGCGAGCUGCCCUGCCAAGGGAGACCAAACAGUGCCCACUGCAGUGACAGCUGCUGCUGUCCGGCCCCUGAUUUCUGACCACCAUCACUGUGCAACUCAUGACCUCUGCCACUUACUACCAGGGAAGGGGCUGCUUUGGCGCUGGUGUUGGAGGUCCUUUUAGUUACUGGUGAAGUGGGGAGAGGGAAUGGGUAAGCAGCAGAGCCUGGGGAAAGGAAAGGUAGGGAGCCAAUCUUAGGAUCCUGGGGGGGGGGUGGCAAGGCGUGCUCGCGGAACCCCGCUGUGGGGGAGCUCUUGUCUGCCUCCAUUUGCCUUCUUGUAUCCAUGGCCAACCUUUACGGAGUAUUUGGCCUUACUUUUAAGGGAUCGGGAGUAGCCAGUCACCUCGCUUUAGACGAGGAGGACACUGUCCAUGCUCUCUGAGUUCGCGAGGACCCUUCCUGGUUUGUGCAUUCCAAAAGUGGUGCAGUGUUUAUGUAUCUUUUUUUAAAAUCAAAAUGGGCUUUGGAUAUUUGUAAGACACCUGUACCUGCAAAAGUAAAUAACAUUCUUGAACCAACAGCCUGCAGCUCGAAAAGAUGUGUUGGAACAGAAGAAAGGAGGAGCCGGUCCUUAUGGCGUGGAGCCAAGAUGCGCUUUGUGGCGACGUGGUUCUGUGGAUGGAAACACAUACCAUGUAACCAUGGUGCUUUUGUUCUUCUUCGUUUUUGAACUGGACAUUCCUUAGGCCGAUGAUGUCUUUCUCAGGAAAUAUAUUUUGGGAGAUAGGGCAAGGGAUGGUGAAAGCGUCUGGACUUUGGUUGGGUCAUGGGUGUCAUGCCCCAGACCAAGCCUUCUGCAUCAGGACCCCAGCAGCUGGAGAUGCUGUCAGUACGUCCUCUAGGUCAUACACAGAGCAUGUAGUUCACGACAACACUAUUCAUCUGCGUUCUAAAAUACUGUGCUCUCGCCCUGUCUUAAGUUGCCAGGCCAGAAGGGGUUAACGUGGAGUCAUUGCUCUGGUGCCUGUAUUCCCAGCAGGGUGGAGAAAGGUUUAAAAUAAGGAAUUUCUUUUCUCUCUACCCCCUUCUUUCUCCCCCAGUUUUUGCAUAGGAGAACGUCAGACUUUCUGAAAUUAUUGUUUCGGUUUUAAAUUGGAUAUCGAUUUUUUUUUUACACGGACUUUGUAUUGAGUCCCUUUUGAAAGAAUAACAAAAUAAAAUGCAGGAUCUUUGUAUAAAGCCUUUGCACUUUCAAAAUCUUAAUAAUCUGAGUGACUGGUACAGUGGGAACAGUGUAAAUGGCAUUAAAAAGAUUUAAGGUUUCAGAAAGCUGCAUCACCCAGUCGAACGUGAUGCGUUUUUAUUUCAGUCCUUGGAACCAAUAGGCCAUUCUUUUUAAAAAGAGGGUAAACUGCCCUAGGGCUAGUGAAAUAUGUGAGACUUCACACUGGAGGAGGCAAGAUUUCAUUUGCCUUAAAUGUUUAUAGAUUUUCUAUAACUUUCAACCCAAGUUAUUAAAACGUGAAUGUUAAAUGUUCGGAGUAGGAGACGAAUGACGAGCGAGCGCAGGCCUGAGAUCAUUCCCUCCCCUGGCGGUGUUUUAACCGGUGGCUAACUAUUGUUCCUUCGUGUAUACUUCUGAAGGGGAUGAUAAUUUUUAAUCAUCCAGGAACUGAAUGUGAAAACAUCUGCAUGCUUAGCGUUGGAAGGAACUUUCCCUUUUUAUAGUUCACCCAUCCUUUGCAUUAUCCGUGAGGUCAGAGUGUGUAGUACUUUCCCUAAAGUUCACCCUACGGUAAGCCCUUGAGAAAAUGCUUGAGCAGGUUUUUGCCCAGCUGUCAUCAUCCCCUUCUCCCUCUCUGUCCUUCCCUUUCAAAUCUACAGACAGGAUGAAUUCUGUACAGAAGUGCGUGGAGGUAGGUGGCCCCCCUGGGGGGGGGAUGUCUGUGCGAAUGCGCGCAUCACACUGGGGUUCUUUGCUGGAGUUGGAGCUCCUUUUCCAUGGGGAGGUGGUGGCUGGGCUGGUGUGUGGGGGAUGAGAUGAGGUGUCCCCCUCCCCUUUCACCGUACUUGGUGGCUUCCCUUCGUUUUGCACACAUGUAUUUAGAUACAGCUCUAGCUCUGCGGCAAGCCCCCUGCCUGUGGGGGUGCCAGACGUCAUGACCCUGCCCCCCUCCCCCCACCCCCAUCCACACCGGGGGACGUGUUAGUCACUCUGUGAAACCAGGAGAAUCAGGUCCUUUGUUCACACUCCCUCUGGCCAGGUCCUGCGAUGUCAGGCUCCCUAAAUGGGGACGCAUGCGUGUUGGUGGGUGUGCGUUUCCAUACAUGUGUGCAUGGCUCUGAGUGUAAUUACCACAUGGACGGCACGUCUGUAUAUUAGCGGUCUGAACAUCUGUGUCGUCUGUCGCUGGUGGGUGUCAUGUCAGGUAACACAAUGCAUGUGUUUGUAUGGGUGUCUUCAGAGUGUGCCCUAUGCUGGAGAGAUUUCCUAACGGCACCCGUCUUUUGGAAGGCUGCUCUAAAGCCGGUUUACUUCUCCCUUGGCUCCUUUAUUCCUUUCCCUUCGUUACACUGGCUUCUCCCCAGGAGUAAAUGGCUUUAGCCUGGAAGAGUCUUCUGGAAAGCUUGAUGUCCUGCAGGCGAUCCAUUAGACUCUUUCUUGCCCAUCAGGACCCUAUGACGUGAAAACAGCAAGAAACAGAGAAAGGUCAAGCUCUGUGAUAAUUACUGCUCCAACUUUACUACCCUGGAAGCCUUACUAUAUAUUUCUCAAUAUAACUUAAAAAUUGAGCUUCAUAAAGAAAAAAUAAGACCGAUGACUAAAAGCACAGAAAUGUUAACAUAAUAUUUAAGUCAUCCAACAGAGAUACUUCCUGCGAUUGUAAAGUGAUGUAAGUAUUUCUAGGUAGCAUUUAUGCUUUAUGGAUCUUGUUACAAAAAAAAUAAUAAAUCACUACUGUGAAUUUACUAUGUAACCUUGUGGUCAUAUUCCAUCACAAAUAAAAUAUGAAUUGUUCUGAA